UCCAUUGAAAUUGUUUGAAAUUGUUUGAAGAAUGCGUUGUGUUGAUGUUGUUGUUUUUUAUUAAUGAGUUAAAUGUGCCUAUGCUUAAUACAUUUUCCAUACUAUUUGGUUUUGUAAAUUUGUGCAGUAAGGUUAAGUAGCUACACAUGUUUCCGCUCAAGUAGAUACUUCGUGUAUUUACAAAUGGAACGUAUUUUUAGAAAAUAUGGAACAAUGUCCAUUCUAAGUAAGUUUACGCUCCAAAUGUUAGACGUGUGUGUCCGUAUUACUGUCCAUGGUUUGCAAACAAAACUAUCCACGAUAUAGCUUGGGUUUUCUUUAAUUCAUUUUUGGAUGCGGGGUUGACUGAAGACUCCUUUCUUAUUGUCUACUGAUAUAUAUAUAUAUAUAUAUAUAUAUAUAUCCAAUUACAGCCUCUUUACAAGAACAAAAACGAUAUGGGACUCAUAACCAAUCAUAGAUAUAGUGACCCAGGCUAGCUCUUUAAAAUCCUAUUUAAAUAAGUGUUACAUGAAUCCACUGGAGAAAAAUAUUUGUAUGUAUGUUCUAUUAUGUGAGCAUGUACAUCAUGUUCAUGUAUCAAAUACCGGACUGUAUAGAUACAACGUCCUCUAGUACCAAUGAAUGCGUCAACUGUUUUCCUACAAUGUCCCAUGGCCAAGUACACACCUCUAUUCCAGCUGAACGAAAAAAAAACUAAUACUGGUGCAUAUAAAAUGCUCCACAAUAGUCAUUGAACGAUAGGGACCGCCGCCGCCCACCUCAGUAUUUCAAAAAAAUAAAUAAAUACGGCAAGACUCAAUUUCAUGCUUUGUCCAUAGCUUUGUCCAAUAAAAGCCACACGAUUAUCAAUUUUAAUAAAAUUAAAUAGGGCAACACGUCCGGUGUCCAUGAACAUGACAGUUUUCGGUUAUUCGUUAACUUUUGCCGAACGAUAUUAGUUUAACGUAGCCUUACAUAUCAUUUAUAUAAAUGUUAAUGUAACAACAUUUACAACCAACAAGAACAUGGAUAGUGGCGUGAAAGUGAAAUAUAAAGCAUGUAAUGUUAAGUUCAUGCAAUUAAGAUUUACACAACUUCAUUCAAAUAGUAUGGCAUUAUAACAAAUAGGUAUGUAGUUCAAAUGUUAUAUUGUUCAGCGUGCUAUAUAUGGUAAAGUUCGUGUCCUUGAGCUAAAUACUUUAUACGGAUAUGUGUUGGUUAUUAUAGUAGAAUAUGCACUUGACAUAUAAUUUAUACAGUUUUGUUUUGUAAUGAUGUUCCUACGCACAUCUGUAUUUAUGCACUCAUCUGGGAAUUUCCAUUUUCUGCAUUGCACAAGUGUACAACUGAAUGGAGUGAUAAUUGUGCCAAAUUUAGCAAGUUUAUGACGGUUUAACCACGUACGCCUAGUGGCUUUUACAAAUAGAUCUUUGUUCACGUUCUUAAGUUAUUUAGACACAAGGAAAGGGUACGUUUUUUAAGUUUAUGUGGAAUUUUUGGGAAAUUAAAAAGAAUGAACAUUCUAUUGAGGCCGUGAAUUAAGCGAUAAUCCUUUAUAUGAUUUGCAAAUUAGUGACAACGGUAUCAAAAGUGUCCUCGUCUACGCAGAGACGCUGACAAUUAUGGCCUCCUACCCUUCGAGACAAUGUGACUUAACCAAGUCAAACAACAUGGUGUUCCUGAACCUUGCAAUGAAAUUAGACUCUUCUCUGCACCCAAACAUAAAAGGUCAACUGAAGGAGGUUGAAUUAAUGAAUGGAUUGUUCGCUGUGUUGGGUUUGGAAGAGUUAGCUCCAGUCGGUAGUUGCUUGGAUGGAUCAAAGGUCAACACCCCAACAGAUUAUGGAGAUGUUGACAUUUUACUUGUACCAACGAAAUAUGUUUUGAACGAACAAUUAUUUGACUAUGAUCAUGAUUACCCAGCAUUUCUACAUGUAAGAGGAGAUAGUGAUCACGCAAAAAUCUUCAAAAAUGUGAAGUUAGUUGAUGGCUGCCAUGUUCCAGUAAUGGUUCUGAAACAAAUACACAAGGACUUCUUUAAUCUUGUUACGUUGUUUGUAUAUGGCAAAACGUCAGGCGUGGUACCCAAAAAGGGUGGGACCUUUAAUACAAUGAAAAGAUCUGGUGUAGGUUUCGAACUUGCCAAACUUGACGUUGAUAAUUUUGAUUUGAACGGUUUUGUAGGACAUCAAAGGAAGGGCGUCGACAAGUUAAGGAUGAUCGGGAAAUUUAUUGAUUCGUCGUUGGACGCUUUCAUAGAUUUGAGUUCGAAUCAAGACAGAGAUAAGCCCAUGCUAAGAAGAAAACGCAAGCAAGUUCAGAAGGAGUGUUCAUCGACAAAUAUGAUGAUAUCAGCUGCUAUUAAAGCAGUGGACAUUUUUACUGGAAAGUAUAAAGAAGAACAGUCAGAAAGGACCUCGCCCAAUAGUUGUAGUUUAAAUCAGGAUUCUAUCGAAGAAAUAGAAAUCGACCCUGAAGACGGAGACGUUACUAUUAAGUAUAACAAUAAUUUAGAUAUAGACGAAGCUAAUGUGAGCGACGAAGAUAACGAUGACACCUCAGCGAACAUGCCGGUAACGACUGAAUCAAACUAUGAUGACGACGACUCUGAGGAUCAAAAGGUUUUUUUGCCAAAAGUAUCAUCGGCAGAUCUUGUUCCAGCCUUUAAGUUUGGUGACUGGCCAAGACCAGCGGCAGAAUGGAAGACAAGGAAUAGACAGUGGCCGUCGGAGGAAAUAGUUCAAAAAGUUUUAGAAUGUGGUUGUCACAUUGUAUCAAAACGACCACUCUUCUCUGACCUCAACGGUGAUCCAGCAAAUGAAGACAACUCACCAGAGUCAGACAAAACAAACACAUUCUUUAGACUUUCAUUCUCAAGAUGCGAACUCCUCCUUGCAAAAAGUUUGACAGAGAGUCAAAAGUAUUGUUGGAGAGUAUUAAAAGCCUACCAGAAAAAGUAUCUUUGCACUGAACCAAAAGUGCUCGCCUCGUAUCAUUGGAAAAAUGUCGUGUUUUGGGUUAGUGAAGAGACAGACCCUUCAUUCUGGACGGAAGACAACGUUCUAUUUGGCGUUUGCAAGGCUUUAGACUUUAUGAUAAAAUGUCUCCGGGAAAGAUUUAUUCCAGUUUAUUUCGUGAGAUAUGAAAACUUGAUCGCUGGGUGCAAACAUGAAGCGAUAGAAGAAGCGCUGGCAACAGUAAUUUUAAUAAGAAAGAAUCCUAUUGAAUAUCUGCAGUUAUUUAUUGAAAGUCCUCCUCAGUCCCUUCCAUAUCGAGCAAGUAGAACGGAACUGAAAACGUCGUUAGACAAUAAACAAUCUAAUAUUGAAUUUGUCUUAGAUACUAUGGUAAAUUCAGUGCGAGAUAUUCCUGAAUUAGCAAUGGACAAAGACGUUUUUUCAAGAAUGCUAUGCAAAUGGCUUGAAUUAUUGAAUCUAGUGAAAAAAGGAAUAGAACGUAAUAAAUCGUCAAAAUAUUCAUUAAAAUUGAUUGGAAAUGUUGAAAAGCUGGUAAAGAAAGUAUUGAGUCAGAUCGAUUUUGAGGACGAUUCAAUUGUGGAUAAAACUGAUACUGAUGACGGUGAUAGUAUUAUCAAAACUGUUGUAGAAACAGCAGGAAGUUUAUUAUCUACAACGACUGGUGAAACUAGCCAGUCUGCACAUAUUCAAACUCUUACUGAGACAGCAACAGCUUUUUGUACGGACAUGUCUGUUGAUCGCAACAAAAUAUUUGGAAACUUGCUAUCAGAUAUAACGUCUACCAUAGAUGACCACAUAAAAGCAAAACCUUCAUCGGGAGCUACAUUUCUACAUGGUGCAAGUGCAUUUUUCGAAACCGUAAAUGAAAAUGUCAUCAAGAUUUCUGAAAACGAACCACGUCCAGACGUCCCCAGUGGCAUAAGAAGCUUUCUCAGCAAAAUUGGAGAAAGGUUAUCACCACAUAACCAAUCGCAAGAGGAAUACUUUGAUUUAGACUGAAAUACACGAUAUAUCGCCUUGUGAACAUUAAAAGUAAAUAGUUCACUCAUUGUUAUGCUACUCGUGAAAUAUAAAUUUUGGUUCUCACCCGUUAAAGUAUAUUGCAAUCUUAAACUGAAACAAUUAUCCUUAAUAAAGUGUAUUUUCCGUCAUCAAAUAUUAAUUUAUUUUAUUUUAUUUUUUCAAUACAACUGUUGAACAUGUAUACAUAUCAAAAUAAAUGCA